AUGCGGGGGGCUCCUGGGAACCGGGCUGCAGCCGAGCUAGCGCGAGCCAGGCGCAAGCGCGCACGGACCGCCCGCCCGAGGGCCCCCCCCGCGCCCCCCUACGGCCCACCCGGAGACCCCCGCGCAGUCGAUUCCGGAUCCCCGGCCGCCGGCGGGAGUGCUCCCGGCGGGAAGAAAGCGCCCCCAGGGCGGAAAGGAGCGGAGCCGAGAACAGCUCUCGCGCGCCGGCCGGGGACCGAGUCCACGCCGGGCUGCGCCGCGACCACCAUGCCGGGCAUGCUCUGCAAAAACCCGGACCUCGAGUUCGACUCGCUGCAGCCCUGCUUCUACCCGGACGAGGAUGACUUCUACUUCGGCGGCCCCGACUCGACGCCCCCCGGGGAGGACAUCUGGAAGAAGUUCGAGCUGCUGCCCACGCCCCCGCUGUCGCCCAGCCGUGCCUUCCCGGAGCCCAGCCCCGAGCCCCCGAGCUGGGCCACCGAGAUGCUGCUGCCCGAGGCCGACCUGUGGGGCAGCCCGGCCGAAGAGGACGCGUUCGGCCUGGGGGGCCUGGGCGGCCUCACCCCCAACCCGGUCAUCCUGCAGGACUGCAUGUGGAGCGGCUUCUCCGCCCGCGAGAAGCUGGAGCGCGCCGUGAGCGAGCGGCUGCAGCUCGGCCGCGGGGCGCCGGCCGCCGGGACCUCCGCCCCGGCCCCCUCAGUGGGCGCCGCCAGCCCUGCGGGCCGCGGGCCGGGCGCGCCGGGGGGUGCGGGCCGGGCGGGGGUCGCUCCGCCCGCCGAGCUCGCCAGCCCAGCCGCCGAGUGCGUGGACCCCGCCGUGGUCUUCCCCUUCGCGGGCGGCCAGCGGGAGCCGGCCCCCAUGCCGGUCGUCCCGGCCGGAGCCCCGGCGCCUGGGCCUGCGGUCGCCUCGGGGUCGGGUGCCGUCGCCCCGGCUGGUGCCCCAGCGGCCGCCCCUCCGCGCGCAGGCGGCCGCCCGGCCCGCGGCAGUGAGCACAAGGCGCCCAGCACCUCCGGGGAGGACACGCUCAGUGACUCAGAUGAUGAGGAUGACGAGGAGGAGGACGAAGAGGAGGAGAUCGACGUGGUGACGGUGGAGAAGCGGCGUUUGUCCUCCAGCAGCAAGGCCGUCACCACCUUCACCAUCACCGUGCGCCCCAAGCCCGCAGCCCUGGGCCCGGGCAGGACCCCGCCGGGGGAGGUCCUCCUCAAGCGCUGCGUCCCCAUCCACCAGCAGCACAACUACGCGGCGCCGUCGCCCUACGUGGAGAGCGAGGACGUGCCGCCCCAGAAGAAGACCAAGAGCGAAGUGUCCCCGCGCCCCCUCAAGAGCGCUGUCCCUCCAAAGGCCAAGAGCCUGAGCCCCCGCAGCUCCGACUCGGAGGACAGCGAGCGGCGCCGCAACCACAACAUCUUGGAGCGCCAGCGGCGCAACGACCUGCGUUCCAGCUUCCUCACGCUCAGGGACCACGUGCCAGAGCUGGUGAAGAACGAGAAGGCUGCCAAGGUGGUCAUCUUGAAGAAGGCCACGGAGUAUGUCCACUCGCUGCAGACCGAGGAGCACCAGCUGCUGCUGGAAAAGGAGAAGUUGCAGGCGCGGCAGCAGCAGUUGCUCAAGAAGAUCGAACACACUCGGACUUGCUAAACGGUUCUCAAAACGGGACACUCACUGCCACUUUGCACAUUUUGCUUUUUUUUUUAAGACAAACAUUGUGUUGACAUUAAGAAUGUUGGUUUACUUUCAAGUCAGUCCCCUGUGGAGUUUGGAUCUGGGUGGGGAGCAGGGCGUGUGGGGGUCCUGCCGGGACCUCGGGGGCAGGCUGCGUGGCGCUGGUGGGCCUCGCGGCGUCUCCACGGCCAGGUCCACGGUGGCAGUGGAAGUUCAAGACGAGCCGGGAGCCCUCGGGGCUGUGGAAGUCACCUGGUGUGUUCCAAGUUUCCAAACAACCGAAAGUCAUUCCUUUUAAAAAAUGGUGCUUAAGUUCCAGCAGAUGCCACUUGUGGGGGUUUGCCGUUCGAUACCCCUGGGGAGCAGUUUUGUAAAUACCACUGACACACCCGCCUUUUGUACAUGUCCCGGGUGAGGAGAGGUGGCUUUCGCGGCCAGUGUUAGACUGGAAGUUCAUAUCUAAGUACUGUAAUACCUCAAUGUUUGAGGAGCAUGUUUUGUAUACAAAUAUAUUGUUAAUCUGUUAUGUACUGUACUAAUUCUUACACUGCCUGUAUACUUUAGUAUGAUGCUGAUACAUAACUAAAUUUGAUACUUAUAUUUUCGUAUGAAAAUGAGUUGUGAAAGUUUUGAGUAGAUAUUACUUUAUCACUUUUUGAACUAAGAAACUUUUGUAAAGAAAUUUACUAUAUAUAUAUAUGCCUUUUUCCUAGCCUGUUUCUUCCUGUUAACGUAUUUGUUCAUGUUUGGUGCAUAGAACUGGGUAAAUGCAAAGUUCUGUGUUUUAUUUCUUCAAAAUGUAUAUAUUUAGUGCUGCAUCUUAUAGCACUUUGAAAUACCUCAUGUUUAUGAAAAUA